AUGGUGUCUCCUCAAAUCACCAACCUCGCCAUCAUCUUGGUGAUGAUGCAGCUGGCCAAGAAGGUUCCCUUUGAGGAUCCUCAGGUCUUGAUGCUGGUGCGCGGAUGCUACAUCCUCUCCAACAUCUUGAUCCUGGCUGUCUCUCUAUACACCCAGUUCCAAAUCAACAAAAAGAAGGAUAUGACGACUCUCAAGUACGUCGAGCCCGCCCCGAUGGGUAGCACCGAGGAGCCCAAGCCUGUUACCACCACCAACAUGGACUACGACAAGGGUCAGCUGCGCCAGCAGCUUCGCAGCCAGCUUAUGGGUGUUGGCAUGAUGGGCGUGAUGCACUUGUACUUCCAGUACACCAACCCUCUCCUGAUCCAGUCCAUCAUUCCUCUGAAGGGUGCUUUCGAGUCCAACCUCGCCAAGAUCCACGUUUUCGGAAAGCCCGCCACUGGUGAUCUCGCCCGUCCCUUCAAGGCCGGCGGUGGCUUCAUGUCCGCCGGUGCGCCUAAGACCGACAAGGCUUCCAUCGAUGCUGCUGAGAAGAACUGGCGCGGUGGUGUCAAGGAGGAGUAA